CUAGACAGGCAGUAUGGCGGAGGAGGGCAGUGUGUACGAGUUAGAGGGGCUAGAAACACAAUUGCAGAGUUUGUUAAGCCGCUACUCAAGUGAGGAAUUGCGAGCCGACAGUACAUCGUUCUGCUCCGACUUUUGCAAGCUGGUGGAAGAGUAUGUCUCUCGCUGGCAGGUGCCAGUGCCUCAGCUCAGGAUCCUUGAGAUAGCUCUCUGCUACUUUACUCGAGCCUCCAACUUCUUCUCAUCGAACUGUGAUCAUGUGCUCAACACACUCAGUAGUCUGGCCUUGAGUGUUUUUGAGUUGCUGCUGUUCUUUGACCAGAAGGACUUCGAUCAGGAGCCACUGAAACACUUCACUGUUACAUUCCAGGAAUGUCAUUUGGCCCUUGCAAGGCAUCAGAAUGUUCACUUACUUCAGGUGGAGCGUUUGGUUCAGGGCGGCGGACCUUGGGCCAGCUCGGUCUUACAGGCAAUCCUCAGUGAGUCCAGUUUACCUCAGAAUGAAGUGGAUGGGUGCAUCAGCUCUGAGCUGCCGGUGUUCUUUGAGCUUCGGGUGCGCUACCUGUUGUCCUGUGAGCAGGUCAGUGAGGCCAUGGCCCUGGCUAAGUGUUGUGCUCGGCAUCCCACGGCAGGACAACACUUGUUCUUCCUCCAGGUCUACCUCACGUGGCUUUACAAAACUUCACAGCAUGACCGCCUACAUAAAGAGGUGGAUGACAUUAAUGGUAAAGAUGCAGUUCACAUCAUCUGUAGUUUGGAGUGUGAGGAGAAGGAUGAUUUGCUGCUAGCCCUCAGCCGAGCCUUCCUCUCCCAGGAGCUCCGCAGGGGAGACAUGUACUAUUUGUGUGAUCUUGUCUUCAUAUGGAGUAAACUUCAUUGUCGUUUGAAUACAUCCAAGCAAGCUCUACUUGAGGAGAGUCAUCAGCUGAUGCUGUCUGCCACCAAUGUCAACUCAAUCUUCCCAUUCAUCAGAGUCAUAAUGCAAGAGCUGGGUGAAGAUGGAAUCCAGUUCUGCGUGGAGCUUUGUGCUAAUGCCCUGGAGUCUUGCCUUCCCUGUGAUGUCGUUACCAAAUCCCUAAUCUACAAAACCAUAGCCGGCCUGCUUCCCAGUGACCUGGAGGUUUGCCGGGCAUGUGCUCUCCUUGUCUUCUUCCUGGAACGCACUGUUGAGGCCUACAAGAUGGUAUACCUUCUUUACAUGCACCCUGAUCAGGAGUACCACGCAGACAACAGCCUGAUCGGAAAUCACGUUCGCUUUGAAACGCUGCAGGUCUUGAAGAAGGACCUCUAUUUUGACCCAGAGUUUUGGAACCUCAUUGCUUUGCGGACCAAUUGUUUGAAGUUGAUGAGUGAGAAGGUGGAUAAUGCUGCCCUUGAAGAAAUUAUGGACGACAAGUGGAUCCCUUAUUAUUGCACCAAAGAGCCUGCCUUGCGGUCAAGCACAUCAUUAUGUCAGAAAGGAAGUAAAGGGGCAUCUCAAGCAGCAGCAAAGAAGCGGCACCAGAAGGAGGACAGACAUCAUAAAGAGGAUAGUGACACUGCAUCCAAAAGACUAAAGGUUGGCCCAGGCAAAACACGACUAAAUGUUGAUCACGCUGUAAAGAAGAAGGGGUCACGACCUCUGAAGGAAGCGUCAUCGGAACCCUUGAGGCGUUCAUUUUGGCAGCUGGACAGAAUACAGAACAACAUUGCCGUGGGUUAUGGAGAACAUAGACGCACUACACGUCUCUCAGAGAAGAACCCACCAAAACGGAGGAUUAGAAAACCCAGGUGGCUUCUGGAAGACUCAGGAACUCUUGAAGAGAACAAUUCUCCUGCGAAGAUCAAAAAGCACGGGUUGAAACAUCAAAAGCACCAUGGAUCUUCUGUUGUGAAGAGGUCUGACACUGGCCAGCUCAAGAACAGUGCAAAACACAAACCUUUAGUAAACUCACAUUUAAAGGCAAGGGAAGACAGCAAGCACCAGAGAGGGUUUUCUUUGGACUCUCUUCAACAAGCCACCCCUCCACAAGUCAUUCUUGAGCUCUCCCUGCCAGACAAUGAACUUAUGGGUACGUUUACGGAGGACAGUUGCAACAGACAGAGAGGAUUCCCUCAAGUGCUUCUUUACAGACCUACAGUGAAGCUUCCUGCCUCAUCACAACCUGUGAAGACUGCACAUCGCAAAGAGGUUGUUCUUAGAGCGCGGGAUGCAGCAAUGUUUGUACAGCAGCUGCACUGUUAUGCUCGGCGGCAGAAAGGAAAAGGUAAUGGGUCGAAUGUUCACGGCUCAGUAUCAACAAUCACACGUUCCUCUGUGCAGGGAAGUCCUCCUAAAGAUCAACCCAGAAAGCUCUGCAGAAAGCCUGAGAUGAAAGUUGGAAUCGCCUCUCAGACACCGAAAGCAGAUUACAUCACGGCAUCCCCAGUUUUAGAAAAAGCUCGAACUACAAAGCCAGUCCCACGAAAAACACCUGCAGCAAGAGAGCUCUCCGACAAGUCCUCUGUUGAGAUGAAAGAUACUGUCGCUCCACAGACACCGGCAGCAGCAAACGUGACAAAGGUCCCUCAACCUCCAAGCAAAGGAAAGGUCUCGCAAACAAUUACUUCAGCAAGAGCGCACCACGAAAACUCUGCCUCUGAAAUGAAAGCUGCCACUGCAUCACAGACUUCUGCAGCAGCUGAGGUGACAGAAGCCCCAGUCUUAGAUAAGGUAGCUUCAGCAGGAGAGCUCUGUGAAGAACCGGCUGUUGAGAUGAAAGUCACUAUCGCCUCUCAGACCCCAGCAGCAGCUAAAGUGUCACAGUCUCCAGGUUUAGAUAAGGUCUCUAAAGCUUCAGCUGAGGUUUUACAGACCACAACUGCAGGCAACAAUCAGAAGAUGGCUACUGAUGAAACCCCUCCAGUCUCCAGUACAACAAACAAUUCAAACACUGGCACUGCAGAUCCCAAGCCCUCUCAGGCCGAAGGUGUUGUUCUCAGAGAUGGGGAACAAGAACUCAAGUUACUCUCCUCUCAGACUGAAACUGGCAAAAUUCCUUUAGCCCAAGCAAAAGCCAACACUUCAGAGGUGCUCACCGCUGUCAGCAACAGCAGUGCCGAGGUGGAUUUCACGGACAAGUUACUUAAAGACUCCAAAGGACAUGCACCUUGUGAAAGAGACACAAGCCCCAGAGGAAACAUCUCAUCACAGACUAGGGGUAGUUAUUCACCUACAGACCAGAGCAGUAUAAACAACAUGUCUGCUCUGACACUAGUAACAGAGAUGGUGACUGAACUUGGACCUGAGGCACUCGAUCGAGAUCUGGUGAACGAUAAACAGCGAGCUCCAGAGAACAGUGACUCCAUGGAGUCGACAGCUGGGAGUAAACCCAAAGUACCUCACAAAAUUCGGACUACCUCCAGCUGUUCUGUGCCAGUAUGGGAGGCCUCUGUGGCUGCUGACAUGCAGCUGAAGAAAGGGAAGGAGGGAACUCAGGAUUUUGCUCCAGAAACACCUGAAAACAAUGAGCCCAUGGAAACACCGCCUGAAUCAGAGGAAUCCAAGUUGGAGUAUUGUUGCACCUUCUGCAGCAAGGUCUUUAAGGGAAAUCGUGUUGUAGCACAUGCAAUGUUCCAUUAUCGUAAAGACGAGUGCAUGUUCUGUGGGACGAUGUUUAAAGAUGACCUGCUGGCCAUGAUGCACCUGUCUGAUCAUAUAGAGAAGCUGAAGAAGAGCAAAGAGUCAGCUGGUAACAAAGCCCAAGAAAACUGUGUCUCAGAGACCAAAGAUAUUUCCACACCUAAAACCUCUGCCAAAGAUAAGGCCACAAAUAUGUCUUCAGGUCAGUGUAGUAGUGGGAGGCCGAAGAAAUCUGCUGCCUGUUCUAAAUCAGCGAGCCCAUCUGAAUCCAGAAAGUUGCGAUCUAAUGACAAGCCAGCGGAUGGUCAGCAAAACACAUCAAAGCACCUGAAUAGUGAAACUCCUGUUCAUAAGGUAAAUGGGCACAUUGGCAAAAAGAAAGAACCUGGGCAUGCAGGCAGAAAGAAAGAGCUCGACGCAGCGAAAAAGGACUUGGAAGCCAAACAGCCACUUACACAGCAGGAGAUCUCCCAAGAAAGAAGUAAAGCAUCUGAGAAUCCAAAGCUGCCAGAAAGCCAAGACAUGGAGAUGGAUUCCUCUGCAUCUUCAAUUAAGAUAGAGUUUGGUUGUUCCACUGAAGAUAAAAUGCAGGAGACAGAAUCUCUGCAGGUCCUGAAGGCAGCAACAAAACAAAAUGGGAAAGCUGUUGAAGAGAGAAAUGUGGAGCGACAAGAGAAAGUCUGCUGUCCUGUGGAUGGAUGUGCUUGGUUUACAGACCUGUCAAAGAACCGUGUUGCACUCCUGUACCACGCUCUGGAAGAUCACUACGGUGAGGUCAAACCCUUAGAACUGGCGUUCCGUGUCGGAAACAGUAGAUGUACGAUUUGCAUGAGGGUUUUGUGGAGUUUUGAACACUUUAAGCACCACGUUGAAAGACACCGAAUCACUCCUCGCCAUCCUUGCCUUCACCGGGGCUGUACUGCCAGGUUCAAGACCGGAAUGGAAAUGAGACGCCACGCCAGGAGGCACAAUCCGCUGCAGGCAGUGUGCUGCCUCCCUGGUUGUUCUCAACUCUUCAUCUGUCUCUGGGCGCUAAACCUUCAUGAAAGAGAGCACUAUACGUCCAAACCAGACAAGAUCACAAAUGAGCAAACAGGCGACAAAUAUAAUAACACAGCAGUGGGGAAGAAACAGCUGGAUCACAAGCCCAAAGAAGCUGUAAAUAAGAUGAGUUUAAAGGCUGCUCGUAAGUUAAGAGGACAGGCCACACAAAUCUCAUCUUCAAGAAGAAGAGCAUCUGUGUUGAAGCAGGAGUUGAGAGAGCGAAAUGAGACCAAGGAUUCAAAUGUCUUAAAAAAUCUCUCCAACAAAGACACCUCUGCACAACCUGCUGUUUCUAAUCUGAGAUUAAGGCAAACCUUGAGAAAGGGGCAGGUAGCAAAUACAACCCUGACAGCACCCAAAACCCACAAAGUCGUCUCAUCAUCGUUGCUUAAACACAAAACGAAAGAAAGGUACAAGUUAAAGAAGAAGCAGGUUGAAGUAAACACAAAGGUUCCUGCAAGAAGAGGACGUCCUCCUAAAUCAAAGAAAACCAUGCAUGAUGAAAAUUCUUCCACUGGUCAAAGCAGUGAAUCUGUCAAAGAAAAAACUGCUCUGCCAAUGGAUCCGAAGAGCCCUGCUCAGAAGCCCUGCUCGGAGGAAGAAAAGAGCGACCAGGACCGAGAUGAUGUCAAAAAUACAGAAACAUCAGUCGAUGAAUCAAAGUGUAAGAAACCAGUGAACAAGCAGAUUAAGAAGAACCAUGUGAAACAAAAGGCAGCCUCACGUAACACCUCUCCAACUGUAAGCUCAAACAGUUUCGACCAGUCAGUCACCUCCGUUUCAGCAGACAAAACACACAGGUCAACAACUGACAAAAUGAAGCAAAUGCACAAAGUGAAAAAACGCUCCGCUCCUCAAGAGAACGGUGACCAAACUGCUCCUUCAGACUUCAGCAAGUCAAAGAAGCACAAGGUUACAAAUAACAAAGUCAACACGAAGGCUGUUAAGAAAAUAUGUCCCCUGGAAGAACCAGAGUCUGCCUCGAAAAAGCCUGCAGAGGAAAUAUCUGUUGUCCCACCAGGUGAAGCCGAAGCAGCAGGAGCAGCACCAGCGCUCGUUGCAGAAGGUUUUCCUGACGAGGAUCGAAAAGCAGUGGCUGGAAAUGCAGACUUAACAGAAGACAGCACAGGUAACUCUGUACCUCGUGUUACAGCAAACAGUUUGAACGAUGCUGCCGAACCACCCACCACGUCAGGAGAGAAACCACAGACGGUAACAGCAGAGGAAAAGUCAAAGAAAUCACACAUCUCAAAAAAAGAAAGACAUAAAGAAAAGAAUAUCAAAACUGCUUCUUCAGACUCAGGCAAGGCAAGUAAGAAGCACAAAGAUAUUAAUAAAAAAAGGGACGGAAAGGCAGUCAAGGAAAAACGGACAUGCAAAGAAGCGGGGAAAACAUCUGCCUUGAAAAAGACUGCCAAGAAAUCUGAUGUCCAACAUCAGGAUGAGACCAAAGCAGCAGCAUCAGUAAAGAGCACCCUGGAUAAAGAGGGAAAAGUAAAGGAACACGCAACAUGUGACAGCGCUGGUCCGUCCACGGUAACAAAAGAGAAGAAAGCAAAGAAAUCUAAUGAGUCAGAACACUCUGACCCCAACAAAGCAAAUACGAAGCGCAAGAAUAUUCAUGAAGAAGGCGACACAAAGAUUGUCAAGAAAAAAUGUACAGAUCAGGCUGUUCCAUCGGCAUCCAAGGAGCCUGCCACACUCAGUGAGGACAAAGCAGCGGUACAGGAGAGCUCUGUGAGUGAGGAGGGAAGGACUGCAGCAGAAACACCAGAGUCUACCAUUAGCAGCCCUGCUUACUCUUUAAUAAUGAACGGGCAAGCGGCAAGUGAAGAUGUGAAAUCUACAGUGUGUAAGGACACUCUCGCCAAGUACAGUAAGAGGCCGUACAUGCGGCUGCCGCCUACAGCUUACCUCGAUGAGAAGUACAUCACCAUGCCAAAACGGAGGAAGGAGAUGCUGCUUUUCCAGUCGUCUCAGAGAAGUCCCCCUCCUGGACAGGCCUGUGUGACGGCGGCUCUGCAGAGACAACGAUGUGCCAAUUGUUUCGCUACUUUUAACAGUGCGGAGGAUCUGCAGAGUCACCUCCAGCAGCAGAAGUGCUCAAACCUCUUUGGGUUUGACUCUGAUGAUGAGGGCAACAUUUGAACAGGCCGACUUAAGUCAAAGUGGACUGUCGUCUCAGAUGCAUAAUGGACUGACCUGUGGACCUGCAUGGAGCCUCCGGAUGGAUCGUACCUCAACAGAUAAUCGCUCUCUGAACGACCUGAUGAUUAUUCUGGGCAAAGGCUAAUGCGUCAGGAGAUAUGAGCGGGGGAGACCGACAACUGAAAGGCUUACCUGGCUUCUGCUGCAGCAUGUGCCUGUAAUGCAAGACUCGGGAGCGGCCAGAACACAUCAAAUAGCCAAUCAGUAAAAAGACUACUGAACUGAAUCCCAGUCAGACUGUUAGCAGAACAGCUAGCACUGAAGUGCCUGCUCUGGAACAGCCGAGCUGUUUCCAGCUGCUUCACCCGGUAUGGAGAUUAAGCGUUGUGACUUAAAGACUGGACUCUUGAAAGCUGUGAAAAAAAAAAACUGACGCUAGAUGAAAAAGGCUGCUCCUGCUAUCAAUAGGAUACAUAU